AUGGUAUUAGAGCUUGAUCAAUCCAAAAGUCCAAACACUAGCAAUAAGAGUAACGAUAUGAAUUCAUCAAAUCCAUAUUUUCUUCAACAUUCAGAUCAUCCCAGCCUCAUGCUUGUUCCAAUCAAGUUGAAUGGGAUCAAUUAUCCAUCCUGGAGCAAAUCAAUGAUACAUGCUCUCACAGCCAAAAACAAACUAUCGUUUAUUGAUGGAUCAAUUGAACCGCCAUCGGAAAUAGAUAAGCCAACAGAGUAUGCGUUGUGGAAUCAAUGCAAUAGUAUGAUUUUAUCAUGGCUUGCUCACUCGGUGGAACCGGAUCUAGCUAAAGGAGUCAUCCAUGCCAAGACGGCUCACCAAGUAUGGCAAGAUCUUAAAGAUCAAUUUUCUCAAAAGAAUGCACCAGCAAUAUAUCAGAUUCAAAAAUCAUUGGCUUCACUCUCACAAGGUAACAUGAACAUUUCUUCCUAUUUCACAAAACUCAAAGGUCUUUGGGAUGAGUUAGAUACAUUUCGAACAUUUCCCACUUGCAAUCAAAUUAAAGCACACACCGAUCAAAUUGAAGAAGACCGUGUAAUGCAAUUUCUAAUGGGUCUUAAUGAUAUCUAUAAUGUUGUUCGAUCUAAUAUUCUCAUGAUGUCUCCCCUACCUAAUGUACGCCAAGCAUAUUCACUUGUUAUUCAAGAAGAAACACAGAGACAAAUGACGUCGGAAUCAACAGAAAGUUUCUCUAUUGCGGCUGCAGUUCAAAGGCGUACCAAUAGUUUUUUCAAUAAAUCCAGGAUAAGCAUUGUGAGCAUUGCAAUCGAGAAGGACACACAAUUGAGAAUUGCCGCACUCUGA